CGUAGUAGAAGCGAAUUAUUUAUGGACCUUGUUAGCAAACGAGAUUAUCCUUUGUAUUACACCAUGAUCAAAAACCCGAUUUCCAUGCACAUGAUCAAGAAGCGCAUCCAUUCUACUUAUUAUAGAACAAUAGCACAAUUUAGAGAGGAUUUCCAUUUGAUGUUUGAAAAUGCAAGAACAUUUAAUGAAGAAGGUUCAUUUGUUUAUGAAGAUGCCAAUGAGAUGCAGGUAAUAUAG